AUGUCUUCGAUAUGGCGUAACUCUAUGGGUUCAAAUUCGGGUGGAAAUACAUCAUCAAAGAGUACUAAAAAUCAAUCUUCAUCAUCAAAUAAUAUACAAUCAUCAGCAAUACCCGGAUCAUCAACAGUUUCGAAUGCCAAUCCUUCUCAACAAGCUUCAACAAAGAAGACAACAGGAAACACUACAACUAAAAAGAAGAAAACUAAAAAGAAUGAUGAUAAUACAUCGGUAAAUACAGGUUCUACAUUCUUUGCCACAUCAUUCAUUCCAAUGCAUUCAGCCUCUCUUCUGAAAGGAAUCACACCAAUUAUGCCCGGGCCAAAAACUGUGAAUCAAGGAUUUUUAACCAUGUCCUCUGCUCCUUCUCUUCCUCCAUUUCCUACCGCCAAACCUUCUCAAUCUCCAUCCACGACAGCAACAACACCAGUCACACCACCUACAACCACUACAAUUCCAAAAGCAGCAACUGCAUAUGAUUCCGAAGAGGAUUUGCCAAGUUAUAGUAGUAAUUCAAGUGAUCAAUCAGAUUCGAGUAGUGAUGAUAGUAGUAACUCUGAAUCAUCAGACUCCUAUAGUUCUGCUUCUGAUUCUGAACUAAAAAAGAAAAAGAAGAGUAAAACUAAAAAAUCAACAUCAGCAAAAAAGAAGGAUGACAAGAAGGAGAAAAAGAAAUCUAAAAAAAAAGAAAAAAGGGAAAAUAAGGAAACAACUCAAUCCAAAACUCAAACUGUUAAAACUGUGGAAGAGGAAAAAAAGGUUGUAAGUGAUGCUAAAAAAGAUCAAGCAAUUAUGCCACCACCAAAACCAGUGGUACAAUCGGAACAACCAAGUAUUACCACUAGCUCUUCAACCAAUACAACAACGACGAGCUCAACUCCUGUUGCCACUGAUAGUUCAACUAAUAGUUCAGCAAACACUCCUAGUAGCACAGAGCCACCAGUAAGAACUAAAAGAAAGUACACCAGACGAAAGGAUAAGGAAGCAGCAGCCUCUACUGCAGCAACUACCACAAAAGAUACAGAAACUCAAGGAAAGAAGAAAAGAAAAAAGAGAGAAGUCAACACAUCGGAACCAGUAGUUUCAGAUAUAAUUUCUCCAAAAAAGAAACAAGCUAAGAGCAAGACACAAAUAGUAGAGCAGCCCACAGAUCAAAACUUGGAUCUUACAAUUUAUGCAACUGAGGAUGAUGACAAGUUAUUUUUCAUGGAUAGAAAUGAACGAUCUAUUAAGAAGAAAUUGGAUGAUAAUGAUUUAUUUUAUGGAAAGAAUUACAAUCAUGAAAUUUUAAGGGAUGAAUUGGUGGGAAUUCCAUGGUGCUUUGUAAAAGAGUCAGAGGUGAAUGGGGCAGAGAAGAGCAACUCAAUCCAAUGUACAACAUAUCUCGAUGCUGUUAAUCAGGAGAAUCAAUUUAUUCUCCACUCCUCUGCACAUGAAGUCGAGGAUGUGGAAAUGAAAAAUACGAAAGAACAAGUUUACGAACCAGUAUCUAUUCAAGGAAUGAAUGCACUGAUACCAAUUGAGUUGAUUCAAAAUCCUGAUUUAUUUAAAACAAUAUUUAGUAUGAAUACUUGGAAUAAUGUGCUAAAGGAGGAACAUAGGAUGUUUUUGAAACAGUUUUUACCUCCAUUACUAACAUCGAAGUCAAACGAGUCAUCACAUCAACAUAACGAAACUAUUGAGGAAAAUAUUCCAAAACCUACCACCACUGUCGAAGAAGUAAAAGAAGAGCAGCUUACUUCUAGAGAAGCAGAAGAAAAAGAAUGGCAAGAAUUGAUGAAUGGAAGUGGAAUGCGUCACAAGAAGAAUCUUUCAACAUCAUCACUUUCUCAAUCCUCAAAACAAAACGAUUCAACAUGUAAUUCUAAGAAAUCAACAGAUUCACCAUUGCUUGUAAAAACUCUCACUCAACUUUUUAACAAAACUCCAUUCCUAUUCAAUCAUGAAAAUGAUUUAUCAAAGUUUGUAAAAAGAGUAAGAAAUGGCCGCUAUCACCCUACUGUCCAAUUGGAAAAACAACAAAUGAAAUAUCUUCUCUCUAUUAAUUUGAGAAUGGAAUAUCACUUAUAUAUUGAGUGUGAGCUACUUGCCAGACGUAGAUUAUCAGCCCUUCAAAAGAUCAACACUCUAAAGCUUGCUCUUCCACCUUGUAUGACAAAACCAAAUCAAGCAACAUUGACUGCCAUCGAAAAACGAAAGCAACAACUCUUUGAGAAGAAUAGUAAGAUAGCUCUUCCUCAAGUGCAAAAUUCAAUGUUUAUGGAACAACAACAAACUCAAAUGGAACCACCAACCAGCACAACACCUUCUCAAAAGAAGGAAGAAGUUGAGAAAUCAAAAGUUACUGCCACAACAACAGCACCAGUUGUUAAGGAAAGAAAGAAACCAGGUCCAAAACCAAAGAAAAAGAAAGAUCCUUCGACAGAUGCAGCUGCUCAGUUUGAGUUUGUUAAUUUCAAAUCCAAAGCAAGCAAGUAA